CUCAGAUGUGGGCGGGGCCAGUGGGAGUUCCUCGGGUGAGAGCAGAGGCAACAGAGCUGUCAAACGGCAACAAUCGUCUGAAAUAUUAUCCUGGGCGACAGAAAACAUCGCACUUUGCUCUUUCGUGGAAACAAGAACGACAUAAACAGACUUUGUGUCCACCUUGAGAAUACAACCUUUGGACUUUUAAACCGUCGCGACGAAAAAAACUUCCUGUUUUGUAUGUGUAGGUGAAUGUUAGCUCUUUGCUUGGCUCGAGUUUUGUUGACAAACUAGCCCGUCAGUCAGUCAGCUAGCGUUAGCUGCCUUACCAACUUUGCUAUCUCGCGGUUCGCUUAUCGUUUUCGAAAACUGCAGACUUUCCCCGGAGAGGCAUGGCGUCCAGCAUGAACGGUUCCUUCAAAUGUAUCUGUGAAGCAGGUCUCCAAAGGCUCACAGUACAUCUGUCAAACAUGUGAAAACCCUGUCAUCCUGGUGUAUUUCGCAGUUAUAAGCAGUGAAGAACUGGACUAGUAAGAAAUAUCUUGGAUGCAGCCAGGGUGUUUCACCAGGAGUGCCCUGAACACACUUUUAAACUGAAGUCUAGUGUGACGAAUUUUCUCUCGGGACGCAAACUGAGUAAAUUCUGUGCUGCUGUGGAACCCAUUAAAACAAUCUAGUCCUCUUGUCAUGUGGGUACAUUACAGAAAAAGGCUCAUAUCACCCUCACUGGUAUCACCUUCUGUCACAUCACCAUGGACCGGAAUAAACGCAACUCAAUCGCUGGGUUUCCUAUGCGACCAGAGCGUAUCAAUGAGGACAGAGAUGGAGUUGGAGGGGUUGGGGUCAGUGAGAUGGGCAUGAACCCACCUUCACAGGUGGGCAGGGUGUGGCCUUCAUCCUACAGAGCCCUCAUCAGUGCCUUCUCCUGUCUCACACGCCUUGAUGACUUCACCUGUGAGUGGAUCGGUUCUGGAUUCUUCUCUGAUGUCUUUAAGGUACGUCAUCGGGCUUCAGACCAAGUUAUGGCUCUGAAGAUGAACAAGCUCAGCAGCAACAGAGCUAACAUGUUGAGAGAGGUCCAGCUAAUGAACCGGCUUUCCCAUCCAAGCAUACUCAGGUUCAAGGGAGUGUGUGUCCAUGAAGGCCAGCUUCACGCUCUGACAGAGUACAUCAAUGGUGGAAACCUGGAGCAGCUUCUAGAUAGCAACAAACACCUGAGUUGGCCCACAAGGGUGAAACUGGCCUGUGAGAUCGCCAGCGGUUUGGCCUACUUGCACUCCAAAGGCAUUUUCCACCGGGACCUCACCUCCAAGAACUGUCUGAUCAAAUGUGAUGACAAUGGCUACGCAGCGGUGGUGGGAGACUUUGGCCUGGCAGAAAAGAUCCCCACAAAUGCUGCUGAACGGGAGAAGCUUUCAGUGGUCGGUUCCCCUUUCUGGAUGGCUCCGGAGGUGCUGAGAGAUGAACUCUACAAUGAAAAGGCGGACGUAUUCUCUUAUGGGAUAAUCCUGUGUGAGAUCAUUGCAAGAGUCCAGGCUGACCCCGACUUCCUCCCACGCACUGAGAACUUUGGCCUGGACUAUCACACGUUCCAGCACAUGGUGGGAGACUGUCCGCCUGAUUUCCUACAGCUGGCUUUCAACUGCUGCAAUAUGGACCCUAAACUCCGUCCAUCCUUCCCAGACAUUGUCAGGAACCUGGAGGAGAUUCUCGCACGCCUUAAAGUUGAAGAGAUGGAGCACGAGUGUGUCUCACUCAGUGGUGACAUCGACAAGAAGACCAUACCCAAAGGUGAGAAGAUCCAGGGCUUCAAGCGACUGAACCCUCUCGGUUUUCAGGAUGAUAAAAUUCCUCCGAAAUCACCCCGCCCGCGGCGAAACAUCUGGCUCAGUCGCAGCCAAUCGGACGUCUUCUCCUGCAAACCAGGAAGAAAAGUCAAUGUCCAGGACCCAUAUUACAACCCACCGACCGCCAAGCGAGCAUCUAAAGCCCGCAAGAUCAACCCGUUCACGGCCAGGGAGGACCUAUGUGGGGGCAAGAUCAAGUUUUUCGAUGUGCCCAGCAAGUCUGUUUUCUCACUGGUGUUUGACCUCCACUCACCUCCGGGGAGUGUCUUCAGUAACCAGCCGCCUGCUCAUGGACCUGGAGGACCUCAGCAAGAGACAUCUUACUACUGGCAGCAGCUGCCAGGGAGACAGUGUCACUCCUUACCAGUGUCACCCCAGCUGCCACGCUCCGAGAUCUUCCACCUCGCCGCUGUCGGCAGCUCUGUUACCUGUAACUCCAGCCAGCUCUCCACCACGCUGCCAGCUAACUCCAGGUCAGACGCAGGCUUGACGGGAAGUGACGUCCGACAGAAGGCACUGCUGAGCGGCUGGGCAAAGAAAUAUGUCGUGGUUGAGAUCCCACCUUACUGCAGGCAGAGAGGAGGGGACGGCGAUGGAGAGGUAGACGGGAAGAACGAGGGUGACGAGGAGGUGUAUGAGGAGGAAUUUGGGGAGAGCUGGUCUCCGAUGGUCCCCAGCAGUGAGAGAGACAGUGGAGAGGCGAUGGACUGCUCCAGCAGCCUGGAGGAAGAGGAGGAACCACAGAGAGGGACAAACACCUGCCACAUGUAACACACACAUUAAUACACACACACAAACAAACAUGGAGGAGAUAGUGAAUUUGGGUUGGAGAGGAAGAGUUUUACCCCUGGGUUGUUCUCACGGAGGGAGUGGUAAUGGAUUUUUUGGUUGACUGACGGACUGGACACAUUUCAAAGACAAAGAACUUGAUUUUUAUCGUUCAAGUGAAUGUAUCACAUGUUGAUUAAUAAAUCAAGCACACCCAAUUUUGAGAAAUAACUCA